AUGACUGCCGUGGCUUCUCCUCCUAGUGUGCAAUCGGGGCCUCGCUUGGCAUGGUACAAUACUGCGGAGGAAACACAAGACGCUGCCGACGAAAUCACCCGGUUUUUACCCCGUAAAACCCCAAACUAUCGAUCAUCCUCUCUAGGGUCGACCUCCUCUACAGCAACCACCACUCCACAAGACUCACAUGCUGCUCAGAAACCUGAAAAACGUCCUCUGAUCAAGAAGAAGCCGCGAAACCCCUGGCCCAACUCCAAGUCCGAGCCAGUAGCAGAAGUGGCAAACGCCCGGCUGCAAGCGGUUCCUGCAUUCACUUCAGGAUCAAGUGCAGCUUCCACAAUGUCCGCUAUCCACCAGCCUUCUAUCGUCCCGUCGCAGCAUAUGCUUCAAUCUUCCCAGCAGAAUGGCACUCGGCAGACUAACGGGCAGUCGUCUGAUGCUCCCACUGCUAUUCUCGCUCUCGUACCCAUGAACGGUACAUUUGAAAAGAAGCAGAUCAAUGUGCCAUUUGUCCCAGAGGUCCUCCGAAUUGGUCGCCAGACUAACGCCAAGACACAACCCACGCCCAUCAAUGGGUUUUUCGAUUCUAAAGUCCUAUCUCGACAACAUGCUGAGAUCUGGGCUGAUAAGAGUGGGAAAAUUUGGAUUCGCGAUGUGAAGUCAUCUAACGGAACCUUUGUUAAUGGCCAUCGUUUAUCUCCUGAGAACCGCGAGUCAGACCCGCACGAAUUACGCGAAAAUGAUACCCUUGAGUUAGGAAUCGAUAUCGUUGCCGAGGAUCAGAACUCCAUUGUUCACCACAAGGUCUCAGCUAAAGUUGAGCAUGCUGGCCCAAUCGGAAACACUCCCAAUAUUCUUGAUCUCAAUUUUGGCGACUUAGACCCGGCUUCGGGUGGUGGUCUUCUUCCAUCUCCUCUCACCCAACAAUUUUCUCAUCAACGUGGAAGAUCGAGCAGUAACUUGAGCAACCGCAGUAUUCAAAGCAAUGCUAGUACUCAAAUCAGUGCCUUGCAACAACAGAGACAAAUGAAUUAUUGGAAUUCGCCUCUCUCUGUCGAGCAAGUCGUCAAGAGACUUACAGGCGAAUUAAAACUAGCCAAACAGCAAUCCCAGGAUCUCUCUCAGACCGAUGAAUUCUUAACAGCCAUCAUGAAGCCUGGAUAUGCUGAAAAGGAAAAAGCCAUGAAACCAUCUCCCCUGGAAAACAACCUUUCUCGCCAAUUGAAUGGCCGCCCCAAGGUGCCGCGUGUCGACUCAUUCUCCCGAUUUUCGGAGCCACCCGCUCCUCCUCCUCAGCAGCCUUUGCCAGAGAAACCCGAUGCUCAUCCACGGAGCGCCUCGGACUCUUUCUCAUCUUCGAAGCGUAUUGAAGCGGACAAGUCGAAAUCAGUUUCCUUGAACUCUCCUGUUUCGCGAGAAUCGAGCCAAAUACUCUCAUUGAUCGAAGCAUUGACCAACGCCAAACGAGAAAUUGACACCCAAGGUGCUCGUGUUAAAGAACUGGAGGAACUACUCCUCUUAGAGAGAACUGCGCGUGAAUCUGCAGAGGAGAAAGUCAAGAAUAUGGAGGUCCCUUCCACCUUGAUUGGUGAAGUAGAAAUAUCCCAAGAUGAUGAGACUGCCUUGAAAGAUAAGUUGGAGGCUAAGCAGGAAGAUGUUAUCCUGGAGGGUGCUGGAAAGCCCAAUGGCUCCAUCAUGCCAUUGGAGGCUACUGCUUCUGACAUCGACCGCUCAGAGAGUUCCCCUGAAGUAGAUACCAACAACAUCCAGCUUCGCUUGGAAAACAUGAUGGAAGAAAUGGAAGCGAUGAGAACCGAACUGGCAUCAUUCAAGAAGCGUGCAGAGACCGCUGAGGAUGAGCACGCCAUGACACAGAAGUCGUUGUCGGAAAUGAUUGCAACCCUCCGUCGUCAACGCGAGGAGCAGGCUUCCGCUAAGGUCUCUGAUCUCAUUUCUAAAUCUCAAGGCCAUGACAUGACAAAUAAUUUGGGUGAAAACGGUGCAACAGAGCAUAAUAAAAUGGGUGGUUCAUCAGGUCGGCUCUUGGAUGUGCGCGCUACUACCCAGUGGCAGCGACGCCCCUUCCUUGACGAGGCAAGCCCUUAUGCUUCCAUGUUCGGCGUUGUUCUCCUUGGGGUUGGCUUAAUGGCAUAUCUCAACGGGUGGCAGAAGAUGGACAAGUGA